AUGAGUACAAUGCCCAGUGUAGAACUGGUCAAACAACCUGAAGAUUGUACAGAAUGUCCCUAUCCUAUAUCUCGAUAUUGGUCAUCCAAUAAGACGGAUGAUUCAGAUUCACAGUUUUUUUAUAAUUUAAAACAGAAAGAUAAUCAGGGAGUCAAACGGAAGGGCGACAACUCAGAUCAUAAACAGAAGAAAAAACAUCAUCCUCAACCAACUGGACCAUGUUGGUUUUGUUUGGGAAGUCCAGAAGUGGAGAAACAUCUGGUAGUCAGUGUUGGAACAGAGUGUUAUGUAGCACUGGCUAAAGGUGGUUUAGUACCAGAUCAUGUUUUAAUCCUACCCAUAGGACAUCAUCAGUCCACAGUUUCAGCUCCACAAGAUGUUCGUAAUGAGAUAGAGCAAUAUAAAACAUGUUUAAAAAAAUGUUUUAAAGACCAGGGUAAUGGAGUGGUGUUUUUUGAAAGAAAUUUUAGAACUCAGCAUCUUCAGAUACAAGUUGUACCAGUAAAAAGUGAGGCCAUACAGGAAGUGAAGGAUGUAUUUAUGGAAUGUGCUGACAAUGAAAGUUUACAGUUAGACGAGAUACCCAAACAUUCCGAUCUUAAACAGAUUAUUCCAGUUGGUGUGCCAUAUUUUUAUGCUGAACUUCCACUUGGUGACAAACUUUUACACAGAAUCUCCAAAAACUUUCCUCUUCAAUUUGGAAGAGAGGUUUUGGCUGAAUCAGGAAUUUUAAACAUGCCAGAACGAGCAGAUUGGAAGAAUUGUAAAAUUAGUCGUGAAGAAGAAACUGAACAGACAUUAGAUUUUAAAACAUUGUUUCAAUCUUACGAUUUUACUCUACAAGAUACAGAAUGAAGGUUAAGGCAAGGGCAAAGUUUUGUCAAUUUGGAAUAAAGAACCUAAAAACAAAUUUCCAAAACCACAAAACAAAACAGUUUUGGAACCAGAAAUAAAGGACAUUUAGAAAAAGUGAUCAAUGCUUAUGUGUUAAGAAAUUGCAGGACUGGAAGAAAUUUGAUAUUGAAGUCCACACUUGAAGUUCAAGAAUGGUGUAGUCCUAGUGCUAUUACUCUACAAGAUACAGAUUGGGGACAAUCCUUUUUAGAAUCUGAAAUACGACCCUGCAUUGAUAUUCAUAUCAACUUGUGUGUCAAUUUACUGUGUGUAUCAGAAAUGAUCUAAAAAAUAUUGUUAAUAAAAUUUUUAUAUUUU